GUGCCAACACCAAAUGAUGGUAUGUCAGUUCGCUUUUUAUUUCUCAAGUGACUCUUCCUCGAAUAGUUUAACCUGUAGCCUAUAAAAAUACGACUCAAAAUCAUAGAGGCAACAUGGUUCCUUUGACAGAUGAAUCUCAGCUUCCGGCCAAGUACAAGUGGAGAGCCUCCUCCAUGCUCAACUUAUAUAUACGUGCACUUCGAUGCGUCUCGAGGCAUUUGUUCAGUAGAAAUAGAGCACAGUCGGUACAUACGGUCAUACACUACCCGGAACAUAUAAAGCUAGUCGAUCAAUCAUUCGCUUGCACUGAGACAAGGAUAACGGUGGUUAUACAGUCGUCUCGAGGAGACCGCGUUCCCGCAAAAUUGCUCUAGAACAUCAAAUCAAGAUGAAAUCUAGUAGAUUUGUCAUUCAGUUGCUCGUAAUGUUUAUCAAUUGCUUGAUGGUUACAUCCGACACAACUUGUAAACUUUGUUGGUGUACGGCUACGUCAAUUACUUGCGAGGAAGCAGAUUCUAUUUCCCGUUUUUUCAACGAUGACGCGAAUUUGUCCGAGCGACUAAACGUUACUUCCAUAUACAUUCAGAACCAGAUGAACCUAACGUCUCUCGAGAAAAAGGCGUUGCAUCAUUACGGCCAACUUAAAGAACUAGCAAUCGUUGAUUGUGGCCUUCAGUAUAUCAGUCCAGACGCGUUUGAAAUGAAUCCACAUUUGAACAAAAUAAAUUUUCGGAACAACCAGCUGACUGUAAUUCCUUGGACAUUAUUUAGUUCUCUAAAAAGCCCCGAAAUAAAUGUUGACAAAAACUCCUUGGUUUGCGCAUGCGAAAAUAAAUGGAUUCCGGAAACCAUCCGAAAUUUUGUUGAACCUAAAACUUCGUUUGGGUCACGGUGGCCUCGAAUCGUGUCGUUUUCCCUUCAAAACCUUACGUGUAAUGACUCUGAUGGCAAUCUUCACCCUCUACUAGAAUUCGCUUUCACCGAGUGUGAUGUCCCUGAAAUCUUCUUGAACAAGAGUGACAUUCAACUGAACGAGACAGAUUCCUUCGCCGUUGAAUGUGCGGCUGUGGGCAAACCGCCACCGAAGGUUGCGUGGGACACGGAUCACCUAUUAUCUAGAGUUAAGCUUGCUGAUAUGGAAUCGAAGCAAUUGCUGGCAAUAGAAAGCGUUCAAGGAGACGAUAUGGGUAUUAUUACCUGUUCGGCGGAAAAUGUUGUUGGCAGAGUUUCCCGUGACUUUGUCCUCGUUGUGAAUUCGCCUCCGAUUAUCGUGAAAUUUGAAAAACGUCAGCAGUUUCACUGGUGUAUCUACUACGAGAUCAAAGGCUAUCCAACUCCGAAUCGAACAUGGUUCUUCAACAACGAGAAGCUCCUGUAUUCAAACGAUAUUACAGACGUGUCGGAUAGCCCGUUGAGAGGUUGUUUGACAUUUGAAACAACUGGUUUCGAUAAAGAAGGCAACUACACUCUUUCCGUUUCCAAUGUGCAUGGCUCUGCCAAUCAAACCGUGGUAGUUCACUUCCACCAGCAGCAGAGCGCGUUUUCGGUGCAGUUUACGAACUUUGAGACUGGACUACCCGGUUUAAUACCACAUUUACCUCCACCUUUCUUACCCGUUCCACCAACAAGUAAUGCGUCCCAUUCAAAUGUAAAAUCCAAGGAGCCGCCUUCUUCAGGAGAGGAUAUUCGGGAACAUCAAUCCCACACAAUAAGGAUUGCCGUGACAACCAUCACUUUUAUCAUGGGCCUGACCAUCAUUUCUUUGCUAAUUAUCUGGAUGAAAAUUCGAUUAUGCAAGAAAAUUCCUCUUCCUGACCACGAAAUGGGACAACAUAGUAAAAUGUUUUAUCUGCUGAAUUUAUUUUCGGGGCGACGCAAUGUGACGGAGCAAAACAGCCCAACGAGUGCGACAGUUUUCCGAAGAGAGACGAUACCAGUUCACUCAACAAUGGCGGAAAAUCCUCACUACGAAGCGCAUCAUUCGUCUUCAACUAACGAUUCGAAAGAAGAUAGGGACCAAGUCUCAAUGCCACUACUCGUUCAGAAUAGAAAACCCGAGUACAAAGUCAUCGCGUCGUCUUGUUUGCAUUCACUAAAGGACUUGGGGGAAGGUGUUUUCGGAAAAGUUCACCUAUCGACGUACUGUCCGCCGGAAAACCCGGAAACGGGGAAGUUUCUUGUUGCUGUAAAAAUCCUCAAAUUUUGUGGAGAUGAAUCGAUCAAGGAAUUUGACCGGGAAGCUGUUCUGCUCGCAGCUUUGACUCACAAAAACAUCGUCCAAUUUCACGGAGCUUGCGUCGAUGAAAAGCCUUGGAAGAUGGUAUUCGAAUACAUGGAAAAUGGAGACUUGAACCAAUUUUUACGGAUGCGUGGGCCGGAUGCCCACCUUUUGGAAGCACGUCACGAUCCAACGUGCAUCAAUAUUUCGGCUCACCCUGUCGAAGACAGCAGCGUUGACCCACCCGAGAAGCUUAGCUUGCUAACUCUGCUUCAAAUGGCUAGAGAUAUUUCACAGGGGAUGGAAUAUCUCGCGUCCAUGCACUACGUCCACAGAGACUUGGCGACUCGCAAUUGCCUAGUGGGUAAAAAUCUCGUAGUGAAAAUAGGCGAUUUCGGUAUGUCCAGAGAUAUUUACAGUUCCGAUUACUAUCGGGUCGGUGGGCACACUUUACUUCCAGUGCGCUGGAUGCCUCCAGAGAGCAUUAUGUAUCGCAAAUUCACGUCGGAAUCGGAUGUUUGGUCGUUUGGCGUGGUGCUUUGGGAAAUCUUCUCAUUUGGCAAACAGCCAUGGUACGGCUAUUCCAAUCAAGAGGUUAUCCAGCAAGUCACUGGAGGCCACAUACUACCGUGUCCUCUGGCCACACCACCCGAUGCGUAUCAAUUGAUGUUGAGUUGCUGGCAAACACAACCCAAUCAGCGGAACACAAUGAAAGCAGUCAACGAACGAUUACUCGAACUGUGCUCACCUUGUAUUAAAAAUCCUGCGCUCUAUUUGAACGUGAUCGAGUGAUCGUAUGAAACUGUACACUUUUCGUUUUUUGCUAAAAUCUGCUUUGAGGACCAUAACUUAAUAUUGCCCAAGUCUCAAUUGAUUUCGAAUAUUUAUUUUUUUUACCGUUAUGUACGGUACUAUAUAAACGAUCUAUAUUUAUUAGUGGAACUAAAUACAACUUAAAUAUCA